CUUGGAUAUUUACACUCACGAAGGGAGUCCUGCGGGAAUCAAGAAACUCAAAGGAAGCCCAAAGAAAUGGCGAGAGGAGCGGCACUUCUUCAUUUGCUUCGAUCUCAAAGCAAACAGCUCUCAACCAUCAGAAACUUCCACUCAGGCUAUCGUCCUUGUCGGUUUGGCACAUGGCCACAUGAUCAGUGUGCCAAACUCAACUUCAACCAUGCCACUCAGAAAAGAUGGGCAUCUCGAGCUACAACAACAAAAGAUGACAGUAAGAUCAGCAUUGGACCACGCCGAGGGAGGGAAGCAGGAGAAGAUGAAAAAGAAACUGGGGUGGUGUAUUAUGGUCCAAUCUCAUCCACCAUCAAGAAAGUAAAAAUGCUCUCUCUUUCAACAUGCUGUCUGUCUGUAUCCUUGGGUCCUGUUGUAACUUUUAUGACAUCUCAAGAUACAAAUGUCAUCCUGAAGGGGGCAGUUGCAUCUUCUGUUAUAUUCUUCAGUGCUUCAACCACUGCUGCUCUGCACUGGUUUGUUAGCCCUUACAUUCACAAGCUUAGAUGGCAGCCCGGCUCAGAUAGUUUUGAAGUGGAGAUGAUGUCCUGGUUGGCAACCUACAUUCCAAAGACUAUCAAAUUUGCAGAUAUCCGGCUUCCAGAAACCAACAGGCCCUUUGUGACUUUUAAGGCGAACGGAAAUUUCUACUUCGUUGAUUCAGAGCACUGUCAUAACAAGGCAUUGCUGAAUAGACUAACCCCACAGAAAUCAGCUCACGAGUCUGCUUUCAAAAAUUUGUGAUUGGAAAAUUCUGCAAGGUUUCCAUGAGUGCGAGAUGACCUGAUUUUACUUUGUGGCUUGUGAUAAGCUCUGGCCUGGUUUUGAGCCAUGGGCAUGCCCCCCCGGCCUUUUUCUACUUAUCGAGACAAUGUUUUCUAGAGUAGGAAACGAAUCAAUAUUUGAAUUUUGAUGUUAAUGUCAUGGAUAAGUUUACACUUGAA